CUAUUCUUUUUUACUUAUUAUUUCAUAGUAAACAUAUUGUGAUAGAACAUACACACUUUACAAUAUUUCAUUUAUGUGAACAAUUUGGUAAUAUUAAUUAUAUCCAUACUGUUUAUCCAACACAACUAUCUGCUUCACAAGUUUUUCCCAUCAUUAUUAACAGAUACUCCAUAUUCAUUAUGCAAUAACCUAAUUCCUCUCCCUGAGACCCAGACAAACUUUAUUCUACUUUCUAUCUCUGAAUUUGCUGACUUUCCCUUUCCGCUCUUAUAGGUUACUCAGUCUAAGGCAUUUGUUAUAGAAAGCAGAACAGAUGAAGAAACUUCUGUUUUAGUUCUAUUUUCUUUCCUAGUUUUACAGAUUUCAAAUUAUUGAGUUUUUCUCUUUUAAACUGGGUAUCUAUUGUCAAAUAUUUGCCUUGUCACUUCAUUCCAUAAGUUAGUGUUGUAUUAGUUACUUUUCAUAAUACAUGGUGAUAGAAACCAUGACUAAAAGAAAGUUAAAGAAGAAAGAAUUCAUUUUGGCUUGUUUCUUGAGGGAUACAGUUGAUCAUUAAGCAGGGAGCUGAUUGAUCAUGUUUCAUCCACAUUUCCACAUCUGUGGGAACAGAGAGUGAGGCUACAAACCUCAGAGCUGGUCCCAGUGAUGAUGCACUUUCUCUAGCAAGGCUCUACCACCUAAAGCUUACAUAACUUUCUCAAAACAGUACCAAGUGUUAAGGAGCUGAGGACCAAGUAUUCAAACACAUAAGCCUAUGGGGGACAUAUUUCAUUCAAACUAACACUUUCUGUCCCUGAUCCCAAUAGGCUCAUGGCCAUCUUUUUUUUUUUUUCCGGAGCUGAGGACCGAACCCAGGGCCUUGUGCUUGCUAGGCAAGCGCUCUACCACUGAGCUAAAUCCCAACCCCUUGGCUCAUGCAUCUAGUCCAACUUUAAAUAUUCCCACAGUAAUAACUAGAUAAAACCAGUUAAGAGCACUUGCUGCUCUUGCAGAAUACCUGGGUUCAGUUCCCAGCACCCCUCAUGGUGACCAACAACUGCUUAUAACUCCAGUUCUAGUUGACCCAACCCCCCUUCUCGUGACCACAACUGGGACAAGAUUAUACACGUAAAAUCAAACUUACAAAUCUUUUAUUUAAAGUCCUCAUAGUUUUAACUUUUAGCACUGUUAAAAAGCCAAAGCCUCAUCUGAGACUUGAGUUAAUUCCCUGUGAUUCUCUGUUAAAAAAAUAAAUUAUAUACUUCCCUUAUAAAAUGGGCCUGAAUACACAUUACCCUUCCACAAAGGAGGCAUGAGGACAUAGUAAGGGAAUAGUAAAGGGAAGGAAGACUGAAACCCAGAAGUGCAAACACAGAACUUCAUAGCUGUAUGUCUGGAACUUCUGUUUCAAUGGUCUUAGAUGCCUCAGCCAUUAUAGCUGUGUUGCCUGUAGUCCCUCUCUUGGGCUGCUUCCCUUCUCUGUGUGCAGUUCUCCUUGGAUAUAUGUCUCCCAGUUUUGACAUCUUCGACAUGUUAGGAUCUCAAUUACAUUCACCUUUAUAGCAUCACACAAUGGACUUUCAGGCAUACAUUGCUUGGCCUCAAUGAAAGACACAUCCCUAGAGCUUUCUGCAAAACCCAGCUGGAUAGACUGAGGAUCUUUCAGUGGCUUGGCUGCUGAGUCGCCUCUCCUAGCAGGUCUAUGACAAUCUUACAAGGCUUUGCUUUCCCAGAUGUUUCUGGAGUCACCUCCUCUUCCUGGAAUGAGAACAGGUAAAGAAAUUGUUACCUUUUUCAUAUGUGAUCAAUGUCAUUGAAUUCCUAGUUGUCAUACUCAUAUUUAGGGUCUAACCUAUUUUCUUUUCCCUAUAAUAUAUUUGUAAAGGUAGGUAUCAGUCAUUGUUUUGAAGCACUUUAUAGCAAGUAAAGCCUAAAACCUGGAGUGUAUUGUAAGAUUUUAAAAUGUGUGUUAGGGCAGCGAGAUGCUUUAGAGAAUUUUGUGUUUCUCAUGCAGAGGAGCCAUGCUUAGUUCCCAGAACUCUGUUGGUGGCUUAUAACAAGACAGCCUCCCUGACUGCUGCAGGGUUAGGGUUAGGGUUAGAUGGAUGUUACCCUUAUACAGAUAUGCAUUGCGACCUGUGGGAUGAUAAGGCAUAGAUAGUGUCAUACUUUAAACAUGUCCUGUAUUUAUCUUCUUUUCUGUUCUUUUGACAAAAAAAAUAGGUUGGUCAUUCAGAAUGUGUUGUGUUCAACUUUUUCUUUUUUCAAAUUAUCAACCUUUCUAUAAAGCCCAUAUCAGAAAGACAUAAGCAUCACAAAAAUCAUUUAAAACAAUGUUUUCAUACUUUUAGCUGCAACACUCACUGAGCUAAUUUGAAAUUGCAGACUAUGUAUACUAUGUUUAUAUCUUGAAGUCGGGGGUUGGAGGAAUAAAAAACUGGAUACAUGCUCCGUUUCAGUUUGUCCUUGGCUGUGGUUUGAAUGAGUCCUGGUUCAUGUGUUAGAAAGUUGGUUUUCAAGUAUUGUGAUAUUGGGAGAUUUUAAGAAGCAAGAUCUAUGAAAAGCAGUAGGUCACUUUUCAUAGAGUAGGGGAUGCUGCUCUCAGAAAGUUCUCAUGGGACCCCCAUUAUUUCCCAAAACAGGAAGUUGUUAUGAAAACAGCAAGCCUGGAUCCUAAAUCUAUCAAUUUUCCUAUAUUUCCUUUUGUUUUUUCUCUCUUAAGCAUUCCCACCACAAUGACAAGUACCAUGUUAUAACACAGUGAAAGAAGCCCUUGCAAAGAUGCUGCAUCAUCCUAUUGGACCUUCAGAAUUGUGAACUUAAGUUGGACUGUAUAAGAAACAAAAUGUGGGUUGCAGUCUUUGGAGUGUUUUCUGUCGCCAUGUCAGUGGUGAGUGGCUUUGGCCUGAUGCUGCACAUUGGGGUCCCAUUUGUGAUCAUAGUUGCAAACUCACCAUUUCUUAUUCUUGGUGUUGGAGUUGAUGACAUGUUUAUCAUGAUUUCUGCCUGGCAGAAGACCAGCCUCACGGAGAGCGUAAGCGAACGACUCUCCAAUUCUUACUCAAAGGUGGCAGUGUCCAUUACAAUCACCACCAUCACCAAUGUCCUUGCUUUCUAUACGGGAAUCACCAGCUCUUUCAGAUCCGUGCAGUAUUUUUGUAUCUAUACGGGAACAACCCUGCUCUUCUGCUAUUUUUAUAGCAUCACCUGUUUUGGAGCAAUUAUGGCUCUGGAUGGUAAAAGAGAAGUUGUGUGGUCGCGCUGGCUGGAAAAGCCAGACCAAAAAUAUUCCUCAUUUAAAAAGUUCUGCUGUGUCCCAUUCGGUUCGUUUCCAGAUGAACACGGAGAUGAUAACCAUCCCAUGAAUUUGUUCUUUAGAGACUAUUUUGGUCCUUUUCUCACAACUUCCAAAGCCAAGUUUAUUGUGGUGCUAAUAUACAUUUUCUACAUCAUCAGCAGUAUAUAUGGGUGCUUCCAAGUGCAAGAAGGGUUAGAUCUUCGCAACCUGGCAAGUGAUGAUUCCUAUAUCACACCCUACUUUAAUGUCGAGGAAGACUACUUUUCAGAUUAUGGUCCAAGAGUUAUGGUCAUUGUUACAGAAACUGUCAACUACUGGGAUAAAGAUGUAAGACAGAAACUGGACAAAUGUAUGACACAAUUUGAACAAAAUGAGUAUGUAGAUAAAAAUCUCACAGAGUUUUGGUUGGAGGCAUAUAUGCAGUAUAUGAAUAACACUGGAAAUAAUCCUAAUGACAAGAAUACCUUUAUGAAUAAUAUUGCAGGCUUUUUAAACUUUUUCCCUGUUUUUACAUAUGAUAUUAAUGUCUCCUCAUCAAAUGAAAUCACUUCUUCACGAGGCUUUAUCCAAACCAUAGAUGUUUCAUCCUCUAGCAAUAAGAAAAGAAUGUUACUAAAGUUGCGAGGCAUAGCUGAAAACUGUGAGGUUCCCUUGAUGGUAUAUAACCAGGCAUUCAUCUAUUUUGAUCAGUAUGCUGCGAUAAUAGAGAAUACUGUUCGAAAUGUCAUGAUUGCAUCAACAGCUAUGUUCAUCGUUUCCUUACUGCUGAUCCCUCACCCAGUGUGUUCCCUGUGGGUCACCUUUGCUAUUGCUUCUGUGAUUGUGGGAGUGACAGGUUUUAUGGCAUUCUGGAAUGUUAAUCUUGAUUCCAUAUCCAUGAUUAAUCUUGUUAUUUGUAUAGGGUUUUCUUUUGAUUUUUCUGCACACAUCUCCUAUGCAUUUGUUUCCAGUAAUGAGCCUUCAGUCAACAAGAAGUCUAUUGAGGCAUUAUACUUGUUAGGUUACCCAGUGUUGCAAAGUGCAAUUUCAACGAUAAUAGGGGUGUGUGUUUUGGCUGCAGCUAAAGCCUACAUCUUCAGAACUUUUUUUAAGAUUAUGUUUCUUGUUAUGUUUUUCGGGGCUGCCCAUGGCCUAAUUUUUAUUCCAGUAUUCUUAACCUUUUUUUGAAAGUUUGUUUGAAUACACAGUAACAAAUAACCCUAACCAGUUAUAUAAUUCUUGAUGGCCUGAAUCCAGUCUAAUUACAAAAUGCACUAAUUAAGGCUAGUCAGUAGAAAAAGAUAGAAAUGAAAUUAGAAGAGGGUUAUGGGGUAAGAAGAAGCAGGGAUAAGGAUAGGAGGGAAGGGAGGGUCAUGUGGGAUGUAAACAAGGCACAUUGUAUACAUGUAUGAAAAUGUCUCAAUGAAAACCGUAAAUUUGUCCAAUUGGUAUAUGAUAAAAUAUGAAUGAUUAAUGUAUAAGUGAAAACAUAGAAAAUGUUAAAAAAUAAAAAUAGUCACUAUCUAAAGACAUUUCCUUGAUGUGGAAGUCCCAUAUUAAAUUGUUCUUUAACAUAUUCUGCAAAAAAAUUAAAAUUUCUUUACCAAAUUAGGAAAA